UGUUCUUGUUUAAUUUUUCAUUUGCAUGAACGCCCUUUUCCAGGCACGUCCAAAAGGAAACCCGAAGGGUUUUGACAAGCCCAAGUGCAAGAUUUCUGCAUCUCGGAAACUCUCUCUCAAGAUGCUGCUCCUCAACAGAGCCAUAGAAGAGUUGGAGAAAGAGAAGCAAGAUAAGGAUGAAGAAAAAUCACGCUACCUGUCAGAAAAAAUGGUUCCUCUUCAGCUCUCAGGGCUCUCACACGCAGAGUUACAAAAUCUGUGCAAACAACUCUAUGAAAAGGUUGACAUUGUGGAUGAAGAGCGUUAUGACUAUGAAGCUAAAGUGAUGAAGCACAAUAACGACAUUCGUGAACUGAAGCUAAAGGUUCAGGACCUAGGAGGGAAGUUUAAAAAGCCAGCUCUGAGGAAGGUACGUGUUUCUGCUGAUGAGAUGAUGCGAGCUCUACUGGGCUCCAAACACAAGGGUUCCAUGGACCUGCGAGCCAACCUCAAAUCUGUCAAGAAGGAGGAUAUCAAACAAGAAAAGGUUCUGACUUCAGAGGUAGGUGACUGGCGUAAGAAUGUGGAAGCCAUGUCUGGUAUGGAAGGAAGGAAGAAAAUGUUUGAUGCUGCUGGUGGAACCCAAUAAACUGCAUCUGGAUGUAACCAUCUGGAGUCUUGUGAAAAGCAGACUCAAAAUGGAACAAAAGGAAACAGUAACAAAACAAGAAAUGUUGCAGUAUUUUUUUAAUGUGGCCUAAUUAACAAAUUAAGAAAUUGAAUUGGCUUGAAGGUGAUUUCACUUCAUGUCUUUAAUUGCAUUUUUAUUUAAAAAUAAUAUGAAAUGUCCUGUUCAGAGUCAUUAGGGCUAUACAAUCAACCUUAUAUUUGAGUGUAAUUUUAUAUCUUUAUUUCUUUAUCUGUUAAACUAGUCCAGGGAUUACUUUCUUGCAUUUAAAUCCAUCCUUAGUGUAUUAUGACUAAAAUACAUGAUAUAAUAUGUAUAGAUGUAACAGAGGUAAAGACAUGAAAAAUAUGUGUAUGUGCAGUGUGAAAGUCUUAAUUAAAGAUAUGAAGCCUCUAUAGCAUUAAACAUUUAUCUAGCA